AAGCGUUUAUUUCGUAUGUGAUGGAUGAUUUGUAUCCAAAGCUCUCUACUUAUGAGUUUGACUAUACAACUGAUAUCAACAAGAAGAUGCGUGUCCCAGAAAAACUUUCAUACGAUUCCGAUAAUUCAGCAACACUCAGUGAAGGUCAUGAUGUUUCUUUUCGCAACUAUCCAGUUGCAGAUUUAAUUUUAGAUGCCAAACGCUCAUCAGAGUACGCCCUAGGAUAUAGUCCUGAUUUACUGAAGAACAGUGACAUUCGCUCGAAAUUAGUUUGCAAUGCCCAAGCUCAAGCUUCUUCUCAGUCAUCAGAUGGUUUAGCUAAAGCUAAUGCUUCUGCUGGAGUAUUUUGUGAAACUUCUAGUCAUCGAGCACAAGAACGCAUUCGUGUAUCAAGAUCUUCCUCCACUGGUAAUAACGAACACGUAUCUGUUGAUAAUCGUCUUAUAAGACUUGAAAAACGUAUAUCCCAUUUGGAAUUUCAACAAUCUCUCAUGAAAGGGGGAUUAACAGUGUAUAUAUUAUACCGCAUCAUAAGAUGGAUUAUAAAAAAUUCGUGAUAAACUUGUUAUAAUGAUCAUCAUCCCAACGUAUUUUCGAACAAUCAUAUUCUCUUAAUAAGUUUAUUGUAAAUUUGAUGAUUACCUCCCUGUCUGUUUUUACUUCAAACAGUCUAGAUUACAUACAGUGCUGUCGCAUCUGCCAGCACAGUAGUAAAUCAUUGUACGAUUUCUUUCAGUUAUCUUCUUGAUUUUAAAGAGAAAAAUCCACUAUCUUCCACAAAUAUUCUAUACAUACAUUAUCAGAGUGCAUUUAAUGUGUAUCACUCAUUUUAAAAUAUAUGAGUAUUAUUCCUGUUUUUAAAACUUUUGAUAUGUAGUUUAGCUUCUGUUCUUUUUCUUUUUGAUCAUUCAUUUUUCGACAGAGAGUAUUGUUUUGUUCGGUAUUCUUCAUCAUGUAAACUUCAUGCCAAGCUCCUGUAUUAAUCAAAGGUUUUUAAACUGUUGAUAGACACAAAAGUAAAUGCUUCACUUAAUAAUAGUAUUAAAGAACUAUAUAUAUUGCCAGCUAAUCGAUUCUGUUUUUGAUCUGUCGAUAGAUUUGUUAUAAAUUAAUUGUCAUACAACUUAG